GCCGGGAGAGGUUUCCUCAUGUUUCAGGACACGCGGUGUGGAGCUCGCGUCAGCCUUUCCCCACGCGUGGCUGCACGGCCCAGGGCUCCACCCGGCGCCACGUUCCUCUGCCGGUUCCGGCGAUCCUUGGAAAGCUGCUUUUGGGGUGGCCGGGUUCUGGCGUCAGAGCCUCCCGGAGCUGCCGUGGUCCCGGAACCGGCAGCCAAAGCUUUCACCUGAAACCGGGCCGGUUGCCUGCCUUCUGCCAGUGCAGAGCCAGCCCAGAAAGGCUUCCCGGGACACGCGUGGGCUUCUCCUCCCAGCCCGAGCCGGUGGCGUGGCCUGGCCAGGCUGGAGGACACCCCACGCUUGGCAGAAGCAGGAGCACGUCCCCAAAAGAGGGGUCAGCAGGGUCCCGGCUGCCACACUGCACACGUGUGUGUGGGGAACAAUGGGUCUGGGGUCUGGCUGCGUGGAAGCAGGUGACUCCGGGAAGGGAAAAGGGAGAAUUCCGUGGAGUGCUGCUCAGACUCCCUGUUUUUCUUCUCCCUCAUAUUUUUUUUGUCCUUCUUGAGUAAUUUGAAACUAGCAGCGUCUGUUUAAAUACUGAUACAAAACAGCUUCCCAGCAGUGAAAGAUUGCAUGUGUUGUUUGUUUCUUGUGUUUUGUUUUUGGUGGGUUUCUUUUUUUUUUUAAAUCCCUGUGGUAUUUUUAAUUUUCUCAAAGUAGUCCCAGAUCUGUUGGCUUUUCUCGUUAACAUUAGUGGGAGCUUUGGUCAAAGUAGUUUUGAUUCCUUGUUGUGCUUUAAGCCUUGUAAAAACAGUCCAGGAGGUAGAGAGGCUGGAGCGUGGAUGCAUUUGGAGCAGUGUUUUUCCCGUUGCCUCACUGCCCACCCCCAUGCUGUGCUGGUGUGCCCCAGGGUCAACAGCAGCCUGUCCAGCGAUGAGCUCCUGGUGGAAGACUUGGAGACAGAAGGAGAAAGGCAGCUGAAGAGCCUCCUUCACCACCAGCUUGAUACUACAGCCUCCAUCGAGCAGUGCAAGUCAAAGCGGAGAUGUUUUGCUCCUGCAGCUUUUUACAAGCCUUUUGGGGAAGAGGCUGCAGGGGCUUUGACCCUGUCACAGUUCCAGGCCCUGCAGGAGAGCGACAAGGAAACCGCCUCUCUCCGGGAGCUGGGGCUCUCCGACUCAGAGAUCCUGCUUUGGAAGAACAGGGCUUCAACAGGGAAGGGCUCUGGGCUGGGAGCAGCCCCAGAGGCCACGCAGGACCGACUCCAUGCCAUCCAGGAGAAGAUGGAAGAACGUCAGCGCAUCCUGGCUCUGCCCCAGAGGUUUGCUGGCAGCAAGCAGCUGAGCCGGAGGGAGAUGGAGAUUGAAAACGCCCUCUUCCAGGGAACAGACCGUCACUCCUUCCUCCGGGCACUCUACCACCAAGAUGACACUCAGAAGAAGGUAACAGAUGAAAAGGACCCCAUGGUUCAUCUGGAGAGUGUUUACCACGAGCUGCUGAGCAAGAAGUGGCCUGAAGAAGUCCAGCCUACCAAGAGUGACCCAUGCUUGUGCCCUUCCCUGGAUGCACAGAGGCCUGUGGCUGAGGACUCAUCACUUCCUGACCAAGAAAAGCAGGCAGAACAGGCAAGAAGUCCCAGUCUUCCUGCAACAAGGCGCCACCAGUCCCCUCCGAGGCAUGUGAUCAUCAAAGAUCCUGUAGAGUUUGUCCCAGAGGAGGAGAUCUGCAAGAACCGUCUCUCAGAGGAAGAACUCCAGCAUAUACCCAGGUUCUCAUCCUACCAUCCUGGGGAGCCCAGCAAGGUGCUGUAUUUGAAGAACCUGGGCCCUCGAGUGGUGAUGAAGGACCUGGUGUCCUUGUUUGCUCGCUUCCAGAAGGAGGACAGCCCACCGAUCCAGUUCCGCCUCCUGAGUGGCCGGAUGAGGGGUCAGGCUUUCAUCACCUUCCCUGAUGUUCAGUCGGCCCAGGAUGCCAGGCUCCUGCUGAACGGGUACAAGCUGCAGGGAAAGCCACUGGUGAUUGCAUUUGGGAAAAGCAAGGGACAUUUGCCAGAGGCUGACUCUGCCAUCCCCCACUCCUCUGCUGGAGAGAACCCCCCUGCCAAGUAAGGGGUGGAUAAUUGGGAACCUUGUGGAUUUGCAUGGGCCAUGGGAACAUCUUGGUUGUAACUGGCACAGUGAGGGACUGUUGGGAGUUAAUGUGCAGGUCCAUAAAUGUCAAAUGGGAAAGGGAGAGAGCUGGGGACCAGACUCUUCCUUGAGAGUGAUGGGCACUGUCUUUACACUGUUGGGGUGUACUGGCUUUUUCCUCCUGUUCUACGUGUGUCUGCCUUCUCAGCCCCUUGUGGCAAGGAGGGAGGAAGCCAUGUAAAUAAAUGUAUUUAUUAUUGUA